AUGGCCGCUGCGGCGCCGACGCAGAAGGUAUGGGUGCGACGGCCUGGCGCAUCGGCGACACUCGUUACCUUUAGCGAGAGGGACGUGGUAGAUGAUGUGCGAGAAACGCUGCUACACAAAUACGGUAACUCCCUGGGACGCGUAUACGAUGCCCCCGACAUCACGUUGCGGUUGAUUCCCCGAGCGGACAAUCAGACGGAACGCACAUUAGGGCCAGAUGAGCCGAUGGCAGAGGUGCUGGAAAAUACGUAUGCAGGCGGUCAGACGAUCGAAGAGGCGCUGAUCAUCGACGUGCCGCUGCGACGCAUCACUCCUUCCUCUUCUCCCCAAGCAGGGCGACCUGACGGCCUCUAUGCCGUGCCUGUGGGCUAUACAACCUCCCGCGAUAGCUAUUCCAGCGGCUAUGAGACGCGCACCGACUAUUUUGGCCCGGGAGCUGUCGCAGCCUCCAAUCAUAGCCAUGGCUACAGCCACGGCCACAGCCACGGCCACGGCCACAAUCAUGGUCACGGCUACAGCCAUGGACCUUCCAGUCACAUCCUCCAAACAACCUUUCAGCGUCACGCGCAUGCCCAUCCGCUGAACCUGCAUCUCCAGGCACCACCACCCAGUGCAUCCGGGGGUGUAACCAACGGCCGCUCGUCGCAGAUGCCACAGGCUGUGGGUGGAGGCGCAAACGGCGGCAGCAAUGGCGGUGGAGGCAGUCCACACCACCAUCCACACUCCAUUUCCGUCCUAGCAACUGGCCAGGUGCCGCCCAUCCCGAAUCUGCCAUCGCCAAACGGCUCGCGGUGGCAGCAGAAAGACCGCUCCGACCGGCCCAAGCUACACCGACAGAUCUCGGCAAACGGUCAUGUCGAUGGGUCUGGAAGCCUUCACGAAUACGUGGGUCAAGGAUCCUCGGCCGCCGGCGGCGCCGUCCCGGGAUCGACGCUGGGUGUCAACGUGGGACAGUUGGUGGGACAGUUGGGGUCUGGCCCCCCCAACAUCUCGCUUGCAGCCCCCAUUUCCGGAAGCUCUGUUUUGCUCGGCACGGGCGACGGUGGCCCGGGUGCGAUCAGCGGAUCGCCAGGAACAGGCAUGGCCGGCGAUGUGAAGGGUAACGGCGACGGUGGCAGCUCCAACAACAAUGUGAUCAACGGCAAUGCAGGCAUAAGUGUCUCCAUGGCAUCGCCAUCACCGCACAACGGCACGUCAUCUCCGCGGCCGGCAUCACCACUGCGCACCAAGAGGCUCAAGAAGCCCACUCGGCAGAUGGACGACGACAGCCACACAGAGUUGCGGUUGGGCCCACUGACGGUGCCGCCUAUCAAUGUGUUGAUUGUCGAGGACAACAUCAUCAAUCUUAAGCUGCUCGAGGCCUUUAUCAAGCGGCUCAAGGUGCGGUGGCAGACCGCCAUGAACGGCCGGGACGCCGUGCUCAAGUGGCGCACAGGCGGCUUCCAUUUGGUGCUCAUGGACAUCCAGCUACCCCUGAUGUCGGGGCUGGAAGCCACGCGUGAGAUCCGCCGCCUUGAGCGGGUCAACUCCAUCGGCGUCUUCGCGUCAACGCCGAGCGACAACAUCGGCAAUGGCCGCGACCCGCGCUCCGACAAGCUCGAGAACAUGUCGCUGUUCAAGAGCCCUGUCAUCAUUGUCGCCCUGACGGCCAGCUCGCUGCAGAGCGACCGGAACGAUGCCCUGGCUGCCGGGUGCAACGACUUUCUGACCAAGCCGGUCAACUUCGUCUGGCUCGAAAAGAAGAUCAUGGAGUGGGGAUGCAUGCAGGCCCUGAUCGAUUUUGACGGCUGGCGCAGUUGGAAGGAGCUCAAGCUGCCGUCCUUGCCGUCCCAUGAAGCAGCCGAUGCCAACGGGACAUCCAGCGACUCCGGCACCAAGAAGUCUAAGAAGCACAUCGGUCAUGCGAAGCGCCUGUCCAUGUCAUCGGUCAUUCACGAAACUGCCGGUGGCGAUAGCCUGAACACGAUUAAAACGCUGUCGCUGGCCGACGGUACAGCCUCAGGUCUUACAGCUCGGUCGCCCCUCUCCGCUUCGGCAGACCCCAGCGAGCGGUCGUUGGAUUCAGCCGUAUCGCCACAGACAUCGCCCGAGACCACGCAGAACUCAGACAGUCCAGCCGUCACUCCCACCAUCGCUCCCCAAUCGACCGACGUUGCCAGCGCUGCCUGA